AUGUCUCCAACCGAGAUUCACCAACUUAACUUUGGUCCCAUCACGGCCCAUGCUUUCAAUAAAGACCGGACACAGGUUGCAGUUUGUCCUAAUAAUAAUGAAGUACAAAUAUAUACAAAGGCUGGUAAAGGCUGGAAUUUAAUACAUACUUUAGCUGAAGUUCGAAUCGAUUGGGCUCCGGAAUCAAAUCGACUGGUUACAAGUUCUCAAGAUCGGAAUACUUAUGUAUGGAACUUUGAACCAGAAACAAAUGAGUGGAAACCGACUUUAGUUUUGCUUCGAAUUAAUCGUGCUGCAACGUUUGUUCGUUGGUCUCCACUUGAAAAUAAAUUCGCUGUUGCGUCAGGAGCGCGCGUUAUUGCUGUAUGCUAUUUUGAUGAAGAACAUAAUUGGUGGACUAGUAAACAUCUGAAAAAUCCAAUUAGAAGUACUGUAUUAAGUCUUGAUUGGCAUCCCAACAAUGUACUUUUGGCUGCGGGUAGUGCCGAUUUUAAGGCACGUGUUUUCUCAGCUUUUAUUAAAGGCGGCGUUGAUCAAAAACCACCACCAACAGCCUGGGGUGACAAACUUCCAUUCAAUACUAUAUGCGGUGAAUUUUCCAAUGGUAGUGGUGGAUGGAUUCAUAGUGUUGCUUUUUCACCAAGUGGUGACGCGUUAGCUUUUUCAGGUCACGAUUCUGCAAUCAGUAUUGCUUAUCCCGGAGGUGCUAUUCAAAGUGUUAGAUUGACUAGUUUACCAUAUUUAAGUUUAAUUUGGACAUCUGAAAAAAAUAUCAUUGCAGCUGGUUAUGAUUUCACACCCGUAUUAUUCGAAAAUACUAACGAAGGAUGGUAG